GAGGUAACCUAGCUGAGUGGCAGAGGCAGGGCGGGCAGGAGAGGGAAAGGAAGAUGCGUUCUUGGGAUGGGAAGAGUGAAAAGAAGCUUGAAAAGAGUGGAGAGUAAAUGAACACGAGAGAGUCAAAGGGAAAAAGUCAAGUAGGGAAGUGUGUGGGAAAAGUAGAAUAAUGGGUCCGCACGUGCCAGCAUGGAGUUAGGUAAGAGGUGUUUUUAAAGUGUUCUAGGAAAGGAAAGGGUGGGUGAGCAUAUCCCCCCCUCUGUCCCUUCAAGCAAGUCGAGCCAGGCUGUACCAGAGCCAGGAAAAGGGGAAGGGCCUCCAUCUCCUCUUUUUCUAGCUGACAAAAACAGCUGCCCGGGAGCCUGAUCGAGAGGCUUUGCGGAGGACCAGAAUUGGAUAGGAGGGGGAGACGUCCCUGAGGUCAGGACCCGUCUACCUACAUGGGUUGCGUCUUGAGCUCGGACUGGUGUGGGGAGGACGUGGUGCAAGCGGUGCCGGUGGUCAGGAGCCCAUCUGUGAAGACUCGGAGCCUGGACAGGAGUGACAGUGGCAGAUUGAGGCUGAUGAAGUCCGGGAAGGGGGAGCCUCACGUCUUCAAAGAAAAGACCUUCAAGAAGAGGCGUCAGUGCAACGUCUGUCACCAGAAUGUAGACAACGUAGGCUCCUUCUGCCGAGUAUGCAAGACAGCCACUCACAGGAAGUGCGAGAGCAAGGUGACCACAGCAUGUGUUCCAGCUCCCACCAAUGACCUGCAGCGCAGAGGGACAGCUCCAUCGCAAAACGCCCAACACCUGGUGAGCGCCUUCAUCUUCUCCUCUUGUCUACAUCCUGCAGAAAUGGGCCACAGGGCAAGGAUAGCUCAAGUGGGCUCCACCAAGUCUUUGACUUACACCAAGCAGAGAAACACCCUGCCAAGGAGCUUCAGUGUGGACCGCGUGAUGGAGCGAGUGAUGGAGCGCCAUUACGACUUUGACCUCACUUAUAUCACAGAGAGGAUCAUCUCCGUCUUCUUCCCGCCCAAGCUGGAAGAGCAGCGGUACCGCCUCAACCUGAAGGAGGUGGCCGCCAUGCUCAAGUCCAAGCAUCAAGACAAGUUUUUGCUCCUCAAUCUUUCUGAAAGGCGCCACGACAUGAGCCGACUAAAUCCAAAGGUUCACGACUUUGGCUGGCCCGACCUCCACGCCCCGCCGCUGGACAAGAUAUGCGCCAUAUGUAAAGCCAUGGAGACGUGGUUGACAUCUGACCCCCAACACGUGGUGGUCCUGCACUGCAAGGGUAACAAAGGAAAAACAGGGGUGAUCAUUGCAGCCUACAUGCACUAUAGCAAGAUCUCAGCAGGGGCGGACCAGGCUCUCAGUACUCUGGCCAUGAGGAAGUUUUGUGAAGAUAAGCUGUCCACUUCCCUCCAGCCAUCCCAAAACAGGUAUAUCUAUUACUUUGGGGGUCUUCUGUCAGGAGCCAUCAAGAUGAACAGCAGCCCACUUUUCCUCCACCAAGUUCUAAUCCCAUCACUCCCCAACUUCCAAGGGGAAGGAGGUUACUACCCCUUCCUGAAGAUCUACCAGUCAAUGCAGUUGGUCUACACUUCAGGCAUAUAUGACCUUCAAGGAAGCGGGGGAAGGCGCCUAUGCGUGACCAUCGAACCAGCACUACUGCUUAAAGGUGACAUCAUGGUCAAAUGUUACCACAGACGAGCCCACAGUGCUGACAGGGACAAUGUGUUCAGGCUGCAGUUCCACACUUGCACCAUCCAUGGAUUCCAGCUGUGGUUCGGUAAAGGAGAAUUGGACGAGGCUUGUACAGAUGAACGUUUUCCAUCCGAUGCCACUGUGGAGUUUGUCUUUUCCACUGGACCUGAGAAGAUCAAAGGUCGUGAGUACCACAAAAAUGACCCAGCUGUCACAGUUGAUUACAACACUGCUGACCCUGUAGUUCGCUGGGAUUCUUACGAGAACUUCAACCAGCGAUACCAAGACAGUCUUGAAGAUAUUGCCCACACAAGAGGUCCUCUUGAUGGCAGUCUCUAUGCGCAGAUAAAGAAGCGCCGGGGCCCAUGUUCUGGUUCUCUUUCUUCAACCAAUGGUAGCAGCCCUGGAGCAGAUGAUGGACCCGACCAAUUCCCCCCUCACCGCUCUGACUCUGCCCUUUCAGCAAAUUCUAGCCCUUUUAACCAAUCAUCUAUCCAUCCUGACCACCAUGAGGAGCCAUUACGUCCACCACCUCCAACAAGGCAAGAACGAGAGGAACUUGAGCGUCUUCUUGGAGGCAUAGAGGGAGGCAGGGAUGCAGAACGAGAGACGGCCAUUUUGGAUGAUGGCGAUUCGUCUCCUUCGGAACGGACAGGGACGCUGAGGCUAAGCCGGUCCUGUUCCUGCCGAGAUGGAUACCGGUCUCAGCGCUGUGCAGAACCUGGAUGCGACCGCACCCUCCUAAUGCCAAAUGGUUACUGCCUUGAUCGAGCACCUGGUACCAAUGGGCACCACGGGGCGACUCCUUCUCCAAUCCCCAAUUCAGCUGCUCCCCCCUCGCACAUGGACCUGUGCCAGCACUAUAGUUCAAACCCCCACCAGUCUCUCCCACCACCAGACCUCGUGUGGGAUCGCCAGAGCAACCAGCAACACAUCCUGCACCGCUCCUGUUUGGAAGCUACCUCCUCACGUCAUCUCUGCCCCUACCCUUCGCUUGACCCCCACAGCAAUCCUCAUCACUAUCCUCUGUCUGCACCAGCUCACCUCUGCUGCCGAGAGGAUGACUACAGUCCCUACCAUUUUCCUCCUCUGCCUCACAGCCACCACCAUCCCCACCCUCACCACCAGAAGUCCUCCGCCAGCCCACCCUACCAAGAAGUAAUACUAAUGGAUGGUUUGCCGACCUCUGGCUGCUCUUGCAGGGAUUGCGGCAUCCGGAGAGAAGAAGCAGCAGCACCCUAUCACAGCCUGAGGCUUGAUCGGGGCAACGGCUUUCACUGGGACAGAGAGGCAGAGCUUCAACAGAGGGAGGUGGGGCUACGAAGAACCAGGGAGGCAGAGUUAGCCCGAGGGGCCUCGGACAGGCACUGGGAGAAGCGUGGCCGAGAGUUUUCCCUCCCCUGGAAGCGAGACAGAGAGGCGGAGCUCCAGUGGGAGAGGGAGAGAGAAGCAGAAUAUUGGCACAAGAGGGACACCAUGGCCUCCUAUGGGCCACAGGGUCACAAUCUUCCCUCCUUCAACUUCGACCCCUUGCCUCCAUGUCACGCUGCCUUUCCAGAAGCAUCGCGGUCCCACGUUCAUUCGCAUCUUGACCUCAAGUAUAGCAGCAGUAGCAGUGGCUACCAAACACCCCGGCAGGUGUGCCCGUGCUCGCCUUACCAGCCGUCACCGUCUGAGAGCAGGGGCUAUGCCUCAGGCUACCAGUCUGAGUCCACUUCGCCAUUGCCACCUGCGUCCUCCAUGGUGGGGCCCUGCAGCCAUAGCAAUGGGUCAGCUGAGCAUAAUCACAGCCACCACUGUCACCAUCCAGACAUGCAACAAUCAUACCGCUCUGACUCACGCACUGAUGGUCUUUGUAACUCUGGUGAAACUGUGGGCUGGAGGGACCACAUCACCAAUGGUUCUUUUAAAAGGGCCCAAAGAGAGGGCCAUGGUGCGUGCUCUACUCCAUCAGACAUGUCUGGACCAUCCACUCCUGUCCAUACCAGCAGUCCUCUACGUACGCAGGAAAGUUCCAGUCCAGGGAGAGAGUAUGAGAUCCGGAAAAGAGUCAUCAGCAGUGACCAUGAGGAAUUACAGCCCCAGAAUGGGCACUACUCUUCUGGUAACAUUAUCCAGGAGUCCACGGAAAUUCCAAGAAGCAGCACGGACUUGUCAGCCUCACCAAUGAAAAGCCAACCAUCGAACGUAACCUCACCCACUCAAAUAGACUCCCACAACCACUCCACUUCACCAACGGUCCCGUCCCCAACAACUAACACUCCACAGCAGCACUGUAACCAUGAGGCACCAUCAUCAACACACAGCACUUGUUUGGACUCUGUGACGGCAACCGCAUCAAGCCAGGGACAUGUCUACCCUCCUUCAUCGACUCUCCAUACCACACCUGCACCGGCCCACCACCCCCUACAUCCCACUUUUGAGACUCGCCACCCUUCUGAAGCCGCCGCAGUGCCUUCUUCUUCAACUCAGGCAGUGUGUCACCCUCUGAGCAAGACCCAGGGCACCAGCUCGGUGACAAGUCCCUCACCACAGGUUAAUGGAUGUUCUUCUCCAACCAGGGGUUCCCUCCCAGAAGCCCACAAACCUACCAGCAGCCCCAAAUCUACAAGUUCCCCCACAACUCCAACCCUUGCACCAUCGUCCAUCCAGGCAGAGUCCAACAGCAUGGAUGGAUCCCCUAUUUCAGAUAGCCCCGUUCCUGGUUUUGCCACUCUGGGUAGGAAGCUGAUGAUGAGUGGCUCUGACCUCCAUCAGCACAAUCACAUUCCUGUCCAGCACGGACACCCUCAACACUCCUACCUGGCGAUGGAGCACAAUCCAGCUAUAGACACCAAUAAGAGGCACUGCUACUCUGCUCACCCCCCACAGCUUCAACAAAUAUCUGUCUCCAACUACUCCACCAUCUCCAUCCCACUGCCUCACCCACAGCCGCCUCUACCAGAGAAGCACCACACUCAACCGGGCUCACCCAGUGAUGAAGCAGAGGCUCUGAAAUCAAAUGUGAGCCACUCCAGCAACACUCAGCAUCAGCACCAUGUCACCUUCUCACCCACCGUGGGGGAAAUUGCACCCUGUGAGAACCAAAAUGAUGUUGUGGAGCCUGAGGAGCCUGAGAAUGGAAACAGAGUCAGUGUGAAGUUUGUUCAGGACAGUUCAAGGUUCUGGUACAAGCCAGGUAUCUCCAGAGAGCAAGCAAUCGUCGCUUUGAAGGAGAGAGAGCCUGGCACCUUCCUGAUCAGGGAUAGUAAUUCCUUCCAAGGGGCUUAUGGCCUGGCACUGAAGGUGGCCACACCACCUCCUAACGUCAACCAGCACAGCAGCAAAGCAGGUGACCCUCUGGAACAUUUGGUGAGGCACUUCCUCAUAGAAACAGGCCCUCGAGGAGUCAAGAUUAAAGGCUGUCAGAAUGAGCCCUAUUUUGGGAGUCUGUCUGCAUUAGUCUAUCAGCACUCCAUCACACCCAUCUCUUUGCCCUGUGCUCUGAAGAUUCUUGAAAAAGAUCUGAUAGCGGAUGUGCCUGAGGUUCAACCUGUGAAUAACAUCAGCACUGCUGCUGACUUGCUCAAACAAGGAGCAGCCUGUAACGUCCUAUACCUGAACUCUGUGGAAACGGAGUCUUUGACUGGCCCUCAGGCCAUCGCCAAAGCAACAGAUGCCACACUGGGUCGCAGCCCUCGGCCCGCUGCCACUGUAGUCCAGUUCAAGGUGACAUCGCAGGGCAUCACGCUCACCGACAGCCAGCGCAGGGUUUUCUUCCGGAGACAUUAUGCAGUGAACAGCGUAACUUUCAGCAGCCUUGACCCCAAGGACCGGAGGUGGACUAACUCAGACAACACCACUGUUAAAGUUUUUGGUUUUGUAGCCAAGAAGCCGGGCAGCUUGGCGGAGAACGUUUGCCACGUGUUUGCCGAGCUGGACCCCGAACAACCCGCUUUGGCCAUCGUCAACUUCAUCAACAAGGUCAUGUUGUCGCAACGCCGGUAGAGAGGAGCUGCUUUUGUCGUGGGUUUGGUUCCUAGCUUUUGUGUUAGGGUGCUCUUGUUUAGGAGCUAAUCGGACUGAAGGCCAUGUGACACUUGUAGACCAAAAUGAAGUGCGUUUGUAUUUCAGCUCCAUGGGGUUUAGGGACCUGUGCACUGCGAGAGGAUUUGAUCUGGCUUGCCUUGCAAUUCUAAAAAAGCAAUCAAAUCUCUGAGGAAGUGUUUCAAAAAGCCAAAAAGAUUUAAGCCACAAAUGCUCAAAUAAUAAAGCUUGCAAAACAAAGCUAAACAUCCAUUUGAUCACCAUGGUAACACAAAAGCAGUCCUGAUAACCUGCAGUGAUGCAGGCUGGCUUCAAAGGAUCACAUCAAAAUCGGUAAAUACAAAAUUCAUAGACUCAGCAUUCCGUCAAAAUUCGGAGAUGAAGAAGUAGGUUCACACGUGAUUAAUGUUGGACAAACAAAACGGGUUUGGUAAAGAACUUUGGGAAUUUGACCAUACUGAUUUGCUAUCAAAGGAUCACUUUUAAAAAUGUUUUUUUUUUUAUUGCAUGCAAGUUAUUGGACGGCGAUAUCAUAUGCAGUACAUGCAAGUUAUUGGACGCCGCAUGCAAGUUAUUGGACGCCGAUAUCAUAUGUAUAUAACUAUAACUAGUUAUUGUAAUUUGGACAAUACUGCAUUGAUCGUUUUUACUCAAUAAGCACAUUCUCAAGUCUAGCACUAAAAUACAUUUGUUGAUUUUUUUUUCCAUGAAUGCAAUUGGCCCCAAAUUGACAUUGAAAACCUGAUUGAACCACCUGUGUGGAACCAGACAAAAUGCAGAGGCCAACUCGAAGAUUUGUAGCAUCACAAACUAUUUGACCAAAGACAUAUGUACAGUAACUCGCAUGAUCAUUGACAAUCCUGUUUCAUUCCACCCACUUAUACACCGUGAAUGAGAACAGGAAUGAGACUGCUGAGCGUAAAUAGGAAUGUGUGUGUCGGAGGCAGUUUGAAAGUAUUAAGCUACCAAGUGUCGUUACAUCUGCUCUCAACUAAAGUAAUGCAAGUGAAGUGGGAAAAGGAGAUGUGAGGAAGGACGUACAGUGUUAUUGUACUAUUAUUGUAUUGAGCGACAUUGUCACACAGUGGCAAAAAAAAUUUCUUAACCAAAGAUGAAGCACUCUUGUAUGAAUUAAGCUUGUUCCAACUAUAUUUUUGUACUUAACUGCUCUUUGUAGCUCUACUAUGCAUUUAUUUGAGUGGUUUGCUUUCGGAAACAAAACACGUUUAUUACAGCAAUAAUAUAUUGUGGUCUUUGUAUUAUUUCCCCAUGAUGAUCUCUAUAUUAUGUAGUAAUAUAUUUUCACAUGCAGCUAUAGGACCAUAUAUGAAACAUAACAAAAGGAAAAAUUGUUUUGUUCGAUAUUCCGCUAUUUUGUAUUCAGAGAAUAGAAUAAAGUGAUAAUGAUGUGGUACCUUA